GUAUUUAUAUGGGAUCUUUGUGCCUCCCCGUGGAGAUCGGAGAUCCAGUCUUUUGCUUGUAUCCCCAGACGAACAAAGUCCCCGCAUCAUGGCGUCCCCAAAACCAGAUAUCGAUCCGGUCAACGCGCCCCCACAUGAUACUUCUUCCUCUGAUAGUAAAGAAGACAUCAACAAUGGAGUUCAACACACCGAGAAUGCCGGUGCAACAAGGCAGGCCUCGAUCGCAGUUCGGUUGCGAAACCCCUUGGCGGGCAUGACUGAGCAAGCUCUAUUGGACGAUGUCGACAAAUGGACUGCUGAGAAAGGUCUGUCGGAGCACCAAGAGACGUUCAGAAAAGGUGCUCUGAUCGCCCGUGUUGGCCAAAGGGAAGACGGAUUCGAAUACGUCAGUCAGCUCAGUGAAGACGAGAAGAACCUUUUGCGAUAUGAGAUUACCCAUCGAUGGAGUCAACCAUUCAUGCUGUACUUCCUCGUUGUUCUUUGUGCCGGUUCUGCUAUUGUGCAGGGAAUGGACCAAACAGCCGUCAAUGGCGCCCAGUUAUUCUACUUCGAGGAAUUCGGUAUUACCAACGAGUGGCAACAAGGGUUGCUCAACGGUGCCCCGUAUCUCUGCUCUGCUGCGCUCGGAUGCUGGACCAACGCCCCGUUGAACAAACUUUUUGGUCGUCGCGGCACCAUUUUCAUCUCCUGUUUCAUCUCCUUCGUCACUGGAAUCUGGAUGGCUGCCGCAGACUCCUGGUACAACCUUCUAAUUGCUCGUUUCGCGCUUGGUUUUGCCGUAGGCGCCAAAUCCAGUACUACUCCCGUCUAUGCUGCGGAAUCAGCACCUAAAACCAUCCGUGGUGCUCUCACCAUGAUGUGGCAGAUGUGGACUGCUUUCGGAAUUAUGCUGGGAUUCGUCGUGUCUGUUGCAUUUGAAAAUGUCACCUUCCUUGGCCCCACCUCGCCUUGGAGAUGGAUGUUGGCCACUACCAGUAUCCCCCCUCUUUUGGUCAUGCUCCAAGUCUACUUCUGCCCCGAAAGUCCUAGAUGGUACAUGGAGAAACACAGAUAUGCGGAAGCAUUUACUGCCCUCAAACGCCUUCGCAAACACGAGAUCCAAGCUGCUCGUGAUAUGUACUACGCUUACAAGCUAUUGGAAGUUGAGAUGUCUCAGCGCGAAGGCAAAAACUUGUUCAAAGAGUUCUUCACGGUCCGACGUAAUCGUCGCGCCGCGCAGAGCUCAUUCUUCGUCAUGUUUAUGCAGCAAUUCUGUGGUGUCAACGUUAUUGCAUACUACUCGAAUAUCAUCUUCGAAGAAGCUGGGUUUGAGAGAUCGCAGGCUUUACUUGUGUCUCUCGGUACUGGUAUUACGAAUUGGCUCUUCGCUAUUCCCGCGAUUUACACCAUCGAUACCUUCGGUCGCCGCAACCUUCUUCUCACCACGUUCCCUCUCAUGGGACUAUGCUUGCUCUGGUGUGGCUUCUCUUUCUGGAUCCCUAACGUCGCCAACCCAGAAUUCCCCGGAACCACACCGGACGGAGACCCACAGCCCGAAACAAUCCCCAGUCAAGCCCAACUUGGAUCUGUUGCCGCCGCCAUUUUCACUUUCAUGGCUGUCUACUCCCCCGGUGAAGGACCUGUUCCCUUCACAUACUCUGCGGAAGCUUUCCCGUUGUACAUCCGUGACGUCGGUAUGAGUUUCGCAACAGCAACAUGCUGGGGCUUCAACUUCCUAUUAUCCCUGACAUGGCCUCCGCUUCUUCGUGCUUUCGGACCACAGGGCGCUUUUGGCUGGUACGCUGCAUGGAACUUCUUUGGGUGGAUCUACACCUACUUCCUUCUUCCCGAAACCAAGAACCUUACGCUUGAGGAACUUGAUACCGUCUUCAAUGUCGGCAACCGCGAGCAUGCGUCAUAUUACCAGAAGAAGUUCCCUUGGUACUUGCAGAAGAAAGUUAUGCGAAAGGAUAUCGCUCCCAUGCCGGCUCUGUAUGAGUUUGAUGAUGUGGUGCUCAACGAUGGGAGUGACGAUACGAGGAAGCGAUCGGAUGCCGAGAAGGGUGAAAUUGUCUCCUAG